CUCAUUAAUUUACGUCAUCUUGAUAUUAGUGGAACUAACAACAUGAAGGAGAUGCCAAGAUAUCUGGGUAGACUAAAAUGUCUUCAGACAUUAACUAAAUUUAUCGUCGGCAAACAUAGCGGAUUUGGCAUUGAAGAGCUGGGGAAGCUUACAAAUCUUCGGGACGGAACACUUUCUAUUUUGAACCUGCAAAAUGUUGGAUCUCCUAUGGAUGCUAAGGAUGCAAAGUACUUGAGGGAUAGGAAGUACCUUAAGGAGUUGGUGUUGGAGUGGAAAGUUGAUGAUACUCAUGCUUUAGAAAGUCAUUUGAUUGUACUUGAAAGUCUUCAACCCCAUUCAAACUUGAGAAGCCUCUUUAUCAAUGGUUAUGGUGGUAAAAGUUUUCCAGACUGGGUAGGGCAUCAUUCAUUCUCUAAUAUAACAUCUCUUCAUCUAAACAACUGUAAAUUUUGUUGUAGCUUGCCACCACUUGGGCAACUACCCUCUCUGCAAGACCUAUCUAUUGUUGGGUUGAAUGGAGUUGUUACAGUAGGUCAUGAGUUUUAUGGCAUUGGAUCUUCUUCAAUGCAGCCAUUUGGAGCCUUGAAAGUUAUAAGCUUCAAGAAUAUGUUGAACUGGGAGGAAUGGGUUUCUUUCGACCCCGGAAACGAAUGUGAAGCUUUUCCUAGUCUUAGAAAUCUUAUAAUUCAUGACUGCCCUAAUUUUGGAAGUUUUCUGAAAGAAGGAUUGUUUGCCCCCAACCUUGAAGAGUUCCAGAUCACGAAAUGUAGGAGUCUUCAGUCACUACCUGACAAGAUGCACAUACUUCUUCCCUCUCUUGAGGAAUUGCAUAUGGAAGAUUGUCCAGAAGUUGAGUCGUUUCCUGAAGGGGGCUUGCCUUCCAAUGUGAAUACAAUUUCCAUAUCCAAUUGUGAUAAACUCUUUGCAAGGCGAUUGAGAUGGGAUUUGCAAAACCUCCCGUCCGUUAGAAGAUUCCAAGUCGUUGGCCAAUCUGAAGACGUGGAGUCAUUUCCAGAUGAGGGGUUGUUGCCUGCGACUCUUUCCUAUCUUCACAUCGAAGGCUUUCCAAAUUUGAAGUCUUUGGAUAAGAAGGGGCUUCAACACCUUACUGCUCUUGAAGAAUUGAAGAUCUGGAAUUGCCCUAAGCUCCAAUGCAUGCCAGAAGACGGGCUACCUCCCUCCCUUACUACUCUAAAUAUCUCCUCUUGUCCUUUGUUGGAGAAAGAGUGGGAUAGGAAAACAGAAGAAUGGCGCAAGAUUGCUCACGUCCGACAUAAAUGGGUUAAUGGUCGUCUAGAAUGAAAUACAAACUCCACUUGUGUGCUCAUGGAUUCAGUUGCAGAUGGUCAAGGGCUUCUACUCACUUCUUCUCAACGGGUGCUCCUUCUUCAUCUUUGUCGGAUGGGGUUAAAAGGCUCCAUUGAGAGCUACAAAAUGGUGCAAUCUCAUGCUUGGUGUCUUUUUGCUUUGAUGGCAAGCUCCUCUGCUGCAAGUGUUUCAGUUGGUGGUUCAAAGGAAUAUUCAUUGAUCAGCGUCUCUUUGUGCUCUUAUGAUCAAAUUGUGCGAUCAUUUUGCCCUCUGUAUCCAGGUUUAUGUGCACAACUUAUUUAUUGAAGACGAUUUGGUCAGUCAAUUGGGAAAAAUGGAUGAUACAAUGGGGCUGUUGCAUAGUGCAUAUCUGCAAAUAAAAUGGGGUUGAUGCUUUAGUUACUGCUCACGUUGGAGGUGCAUCCUUAUGGAAGAACAUAUUGGACCAAUAAUUUAGGAUGAGCCUUCAUCUCACCUAAAGGACUUUCUCAUCAUGAUUCAUGCAUAUGGGUUAUUAUCACUUUCAAGUUGUUUCUGCGGUGGUGAAAAAUGAUCUUGAGCAUUGCAAAUGCUAGGACCUUGAAAUUCUGGAAAGAUACUCUCUCUUUUUCGUACCCCCACCAACAAACUAUCAUCACAAGAGUUUUCAAUCAGACAUCAGAAGACCGGAAGGUUCACAUGCAAAUUCAGCGAAGAAGUGAAACUGAAGAUAAUUCAAUGGUGAUUUAAGUAGUGUUCUUCAAUCCAGGUACUUAGAGCUGGCAAGUGGGAUAGUGCAACUUCUGGCUACGUAUGAUUUUCCUGGAAUAAAGAGCUUUUACUUGAAUGGUUAUCUUCUUUUGACAAUGAUCCUAAUUUCUUCAAUCUUCACUGUACACAAGAUUGACUUCUCUAGAUAUUGGCUACAGGAAUUUGGUUCUCAACUACAGCU